AGCAGGCAUUUUUAUUAUUUUUUUUUUUUUCAAAAACAUUAAAACAUUGUAAUUUUUCUGUACUUUUGACAAGUAUGUAUAACAUUGUUACCCAGUAGCGCUUAUAUUGCUUAAAUACCAGAGGUGUAAAGUACUCAAACGUUUUACUCAAGUGAAAGUAAAGAUACUAUUAAAAGUACAAGUAUCUGGCCAAAAACAUACUUGAGUAAAAGUAAAAAAGUACAACUUUAAAUUGUAAACAACAGUAGUUGAUGACAGAAAAAUCAUAAAAGUUGUGAAAAUGAACCCUAAAAGACGUGUCUGUAAAAUCACCAACAACUUCCAGAAAGCUGGGGUGAUGGUCUGACAAUCUACUGUCCUCAGGAGACUUUGACACAGAAUUACAGAUGCUACACAGCAAGAUACAAACCUCUGACCAGCUCCAAAAAUAGAGACCGUUGUGUUCACUUUGUGUGGUUUCUGAAGUGGUCCUGUCCCCUUGCAUUAUAUGGACUAAAAAUCUUUGCUUGUGUUCAUCUGAAGAAAGUCAUAAACAUCUGGGACGACAUGAGAAUCUAAUUUUUGGGUGAACUAUCACUUUUAAUAACAAUGUGAUGCAGAGGUUAUAAACAUAUUCCAGACAGAAUGCAAGAAUGGGCUGAAUUAAUGAGGAGAGUCAUAGAAUUAAAACAUACAACAUUAAUGUUUUGAAAGACCACUUUUUUGUGUUGUCUACGUCACUUUCUAAAAGGAUAAUUAAUAUUUUAAUUGUUUAUUUGGGGCAUUUUGGGGGGAGGCUUUUUCUCCAUAAAUAUUGCUACAUAAUUAUUUGUGACUAAUUAUAUGAAUUAAUGAGAAAAUCAUGUAAUUAUUAAGAUUAAAAAAAUAUUCAUUGAGAGUCCAAAUUCCUACUCAAUGCGUCAUAUAGUGACAUAUUAUUAAAACAACUUAUACACUACCUGGUAAGAACAUCAAUAAACAUGAAUUACAAUUAAGUGAACAUGCAAUGUUCAUUUAAACACUUUUUUGGAGAUUUGUAACAUUUAAUUAAAAAAUAAUAAUUCCCAGAGAAAUAUUAAUUAUAUUUACAUUUUUAUCACUGAUUUUAUUUGGACUCAAUCUUGUGCAUUCAGCCAAUAUAUUACACAGCUAAUGUCUCUAUCAAAACAAAGAAUAAUGAAUAAACUGUUUUGGGGGAAAACACAACUUUGCUACCUCAACAUGCUUCCUCAGAUUUGAUGGUGAACUUUUGAACCCAGACAUUUAUCUGAUGAAAGUCAUAACUGAAGUAGAACUGUGUGUGUUCUUGAUGCAUGAAAACAAUGAUCAUUGGUUCUCAUGUCAAGCACGCACGUUUGAGCUUCCGUUUCCCAUAUUUAAUGUGCAUAAGAUAAAAUAAAAAUGUUAUGUACUUUUUAAGUUGAAAUACAAUUAUAAGGAGUAAAAAGUACGUUUUUUUUCUUCAGAAAAGCAAUCAAGUAAAAGUACAAGUAGUCAGUUUAAAUUGUACUUGAAUAAAGUAAAAAACCACCAAAAUAAUACUUAAAGGUCCCAUAUUGUACACCUUUCUGGAAUUUUAUUUUAGGUUUUGAAUAUAUAUUUGCGGUACAAGUACCAAAAACCAUCUCAUCAUAUUUUUACAGCUCCUCUUUCAGCAGCUCUGCUAAGAACAGGUCAAUUUUGGCCUGUCUAAUUAAUAUUCAUGAGCCUAUCUUCUGAUUGGCCUGUUGUUUUCUGAGUGACGCAUGGCCAGGCCAAUCACAGGUAACUAGUUAGGGCCGACAACAACAAACAACAAACUGACAAUUUACAAUCAUUUGUAAUUGUAUACAUUGUCGUGAUUAAUUGUGGCUGGAGGAUGGAUGGGACGGUGGGUGGUGCUCGGGAUGGUGACUGAAGGCGUUGACUGAGUAGUUCGGACGUCACAUUUUUACAGAAGGCACAAGGGCUCGUGAAAAAGCACAGCUACUUUAUGCAGGCUGUGUGCAUUUUACUGUGGACUGACUGUUUUGAAACUUAUAUGGUAGUUACAUAGCCCCUAGACCUCAGUUAUUAUGAAAAAAAGCCAGGAAAUUUCAGUUUUGACAAUAUGGGACCUUUAAGUACAAUAAUCAAGUAAAAUUACUCAAGUAUUUUACACCUCUGUUAAAUACCAUUAAUUUGAUGGGUUUGUGGCCCAAGAUCAGUGUUGCCAACUUAGCAAUUUUGUUGCUAAAUUUAGCAAUUUCUCAGACUACCCUGGCUACUUUUUCUUCCAAAAGCGCCUAGCAACAAAUUUAGCUAUUUUAAAAAUUGAUUUGGCAACAUUUAGCAACUUUUGAUAAGUGACUCUUACUAUAAAAAGUCGCAUUUUCCAUCUAAAUUACACAAAAAGAGGAAACCAAAGAUGCCAGUACACACAUCACGUAAAUUAAGUUAGCCCCUAUUCGCAAUUGUUCAAUUUAAUAAUAAUAAUAAUUUAAUAGCUGAAUAAUUGUUCAUUUAUGAAACACCUUGUGAGUAGCUUGUACCUGCAAUUGUUGAUCAAUUAGUACACUGUAAGAAAAAUAUCUUGAAAACUGGUAAGGUUUCCAGUAAUUCAAUUCAAGUUUAUUUGUAUAGCACUGUUCAAUACAAUUCAAUACAAAUAAUUCAAGGUUGUGUUUAAAAUUAGUUGUUUAUAUUUUAAUAUUGCUUUAUACAUUUUAUAUUAUUUUACGAACAAAUCUAAAUUAACAUAUAUAAAUAUAUAUUUUUAGCUGAGAUUUGAUGCAGUGAAACAAUUUUGCAUUGUGAUUACGUGAGACAUCACAAUGUCAUUUAGCCACUUUUAGCAACAAAUUAACCUUCCUUUAGCAACUUCCCCUGAAAAUUAGUUGGCAACACUGCCCAAGAUGCUGGGAUGGGCUUCAGUCUGUUCUUGUCUGUUGUGCUGUUGAGAGGUUUGCGAUUGUAGGUCCGUGUAGCUUCGCUUUUUAUUGAAUCUCUACCUUACUUUCACUCCCUGUUGUUUAAAGUGAUAAUAUAUAACUUAAUUCCCACCAUAUUUCUGGUGUUAUCUUUCAAACUAAUCGAACUAAUUUGAUCGUUCGCUUUUAAAACCGUGAGCGCAGCACGUUAGCAUUCUUUAGCCAGUUAGCUUGUCACUCGCGGUUCCAUUGCGUUUCUAUUCGCGCCUACUAUUGUUUUCUUUUCUUUUUUCUCGCUCCGUUUUCAUUUCUCUCUCGCUCCGUUUUUCACGAGUUCAUCAAACAAUAGUGGUAAGUUAAGUUGGUAUCAUUCAUCAAUCACGGUGAGUAAUGGCUUCUUCUCCUGCUAUUGUUGUUUGCACUGUUUGCCACAUGUAUAGUUUAUCUGUCUCUGUCAGCAGCGAGGGAUUCACAUGUGAUAAAUGCAGGGAAAUAGUUAGGCUGACAAGGUUUUAGAACUAGAGACACGCAUCCAAACUUUAGUUGAGGACAGUAAGAAUGUGAGGGCUGUAGAUACUGCUUUGGAUGCGACUAGCUCAGGGAGUCCUGUACAUUGUUCGGUUUCGGUUGAGCCCAUGCAGCAGGGCAACUGGGUGACAGUGAGGCGGCAUAGUCGCGGGUCAAAACACCACUCUUCCAUUCCGAUCAGAACAUCAAACAGGUUCUCCCCACUCGGUGACGCACCCACUGAGAAACCUGAUGAAAGUGCUCUAGUUAUUGGCGAUUCUAUUGUACGGAACGUGAAAAUAGAGACACAAGCCACCAUAGUCCAUUGUUUACCCGGAGCCAGAGCGCCUGACAUCUUGGCAAAUUUAAAAGUGCUGACUAAUGCUAAACGUAAAUUCAGUAAGAUUGUUUUCCACGUCGGCGCUAAUGAUGUUCGACUUCGCCAGUCGGAGAUCACUAAAAAUAAUGUUAAAGAGGUGUGUGAACUUGCAAGUUACGAUGUCAGACACCGUAAUAUACUCUGGUCCCCUCCCUGCUUACCGGGGCGAUGAGAUUCAUAGCAGACUGUCGUCACUUAAUGGCUGGAUGUCUAAGUGGUGCCCGCAAAAUAACAUAGGCUUUAUAGACAAUUGGAAGAAUUUUUGGGGCAGACCUGACCUGUUGAAAAGAGAUGGUGUUCAUCCCUCCUGGGGUGGUGCCGCUCUUCUCUCUAGAAAUAUGGCACAUAGUCUUAGAGUAUUUGACUAACUGGGGCCCAGGUCAGGAAGCAGACAGACUGGCUAAACCGACCGUCUGCUAGCCGCCUCACGUCACAGAAGUCAGUUAACUCUCAGCACAUAGAAACUCCUUCACCUAGAUAUCACUCUAUAGAGACUGUGUCUGUUCCCCAUACUAGAAAAUACAGAAAACAUCCAAACCAAAGUAAUAGUAACAAUUUAAUUGAUGUUCAACAAAUAAAAAACAGAUAAACACAUGAUAAAGCUUGGCUUAUUGAAUAUUAGAUCCCUUUCUACAAAAGCACUUUUUGUAAAUGAUAUGUUCACUGACCAUAAACUAGAUGUGCUUUGUUUGACAGAAACCUGGCUAAAUUUGCUGAUUUUCUAUCUGAGUUAGUGCUGGCUGCAGAUAAAGUCCUAAUUGCUGGUGAUUUUAAUAUCCAUGUUGAUAAUGAAAAAGAUUUGUUGGGAUCAGCAUUUAUAGACAUUCUAAACUCUAUCGGUGUUAAACAACACACGUCAGGACCUACUCAUUGUGGAAGUCAUACUCUAGAUUUAAUACUGUCACACGGAAUUGAUGUCAGUGGCGUUGAAAUUUUGCAGCAGAGCGAUGAUAUCUCAGAUCAUUAUCUAGUUCUGUGUAUAUUCCAUAUAGCUAAAACUGUAAAGCCAACUCCUUGUUACAAAUAUGGUAGAACCAUCAUUUCUACCACAAAAGACUGCUUUAUAAAUAAUCUUCCUGACUUAUCUCAGUUCCUCAGCAUAUCCAACAGCUCAGAACAACUUGAUGAUGUAACAGAAACCAUGGACUCUCUCUUUUCUAGCACUUUAGAUACGGAGUCCAACACCGUGGUAUAAUGAGCACACUCGGGCCCUAAAGAGAGCAGCCCGGAAAAUGGAGCGCAGCUGGAGAAAAACAAAAUUAGAGGUAUUUCGUAUUGCUUGGCAGGAAAAUACUCUCUCCUACAGGAAAGCCUUAAAAACUGCUAGAUCUGAUUACUUUACGUCUUUUUUAGAAGAAAACAAACACAACCCCAAGUAUUUAUUCAAUACAGUGGCUAAAUUAACAAAAAAUGUAACAUCAGCAGGUGCAGACAUUACCCAGCAACACAGCAGUAAUGACUUUAUGAACUACUUUACUUCCAAGAUUGAAACUAUUAGAGAUAAAAUUGUAACCAUGCAGCUGUCAGCCACAGUAUCGCAUCAGAUAGUACGCUAUAGAUCCCCUGAGGAGCAAUUGCACUCAUUCUCUUCUAUUGGAAAUGAAGAACUGUAUAAACUUGUUAAAUCAUCUAAACCAACAACCUGUAUGUUAGACCCUGUUCCAUCUAAGCUCCUAAAAGAGAGCCUCUUCUGAAUAUUAUUAACUCAUCAUUGUCAUUAGGAUAUGUCCCAAAAACCUUAAAACUGGCUGUUAUUAAGCCUCUCAUUAAAAAACCACAACUUGACCCCAAAGAAUUAAUUAAUUACAGACCGAUCUCGAAUCUCCCUUUUCUGUCAAAGAUAUUAGAAAAGGUAGUAUCAUCACAACUAUGUUCCUUCUUAGAGAAAAAUUAUAUAUGUGAGUAUUUCCAGUCAGGUUUUAGACCGUAUCAUAGUACUGAGACUGCUCUCAUUAGAGUUACAAAUGACCUGCUUCUAUCAUCUGAUCGUGGUUGUAUCUCUCUAUUAACUCUACUGGAUCUUAGCGCCGCGUUUGACACUAUCGACCACAACAUUCUUUUAAAUAGACUAGAAAAUUAUUUUGGCAUUAGAGGAAGUGCACUGGCAUGGUUCAAAUCAUACUUAUCUUAACGCCAUCAAUUCGUGGCAGUAAAUGAAGAGGUAUCAUACCAAUCACAAGUGCAGUAUGGAGUACCUCAAGGCUCAGUACUUGGCCCCUUACUUUUCAUGCUUUACAUGUUACCCUUGAGGUCAACCGGAACUGGGAACACUUCCCAAAACACCCGAUGUACUUGUUACAUCGUUAGAAGAAUGGCAUCUAUGCUAAUAUUAGACUGUUUCUUUCCUAUUCCUAGGUCACCGUAGCCACCCAGAUCCAGACUGUAUCCAGAUCAGAUGGUCACCGUAGCCACCUGGAUCCAGUCCGUAUUCAGAUCAGAUGGUGGAUCAGCACCUAGAGAUGACUUCUACAGCCCUGAACGUCAGCAGAGACCAGGACAACUAGAUGAGCCCCAGAGACUGAUCCCCAGUGAAGACCCUGUCUCCUAGACGGCCAUCGGGACAAGACCACAGGAACCAGAUGAGUCCUCUGCACAAUCUGACUCUGCUUUAGCCUAGAUUUAAACUGCUGAUUUUGUCUGGCCAGAGGAGAAUGACACUAUUUCGACACACUAUUUCCCCGUCUAAAUACUGUAAAGCCGAUAUAAAGCCACCCAGCUUUAUAUCAAGCUGAUGUAAAGCUGCUUUGACACAAUUUGCAUUGUUAAAAGCGCUAUACAAAUAAUAGUGACUUGACUUGACUUGUCGUCGACCAUCCGGCGCCUCGGGACUCCACUUCUCCGGCUGCGCUUUGUCCCUCCGGCUCCGUCAGGCUCCUUCAUCCCCUCAGCUCCACCUUAGUCCUCUGUCGCUCCAGCUCCACUGCAGCCUUUCGGAUCCAUGCCUCUGCGUCGGUCGCCGGAGCCAUUAGCUCCAACUUGGCCCUCCGGAUCCUCCUCAUCACCCUGGCUCAUCGGCUCUCCGCCUCGGGCUCUCCGUCUCCGCCUCCUUCAUCACCGCACUGGACUCUGUUCGCCGUCCUCCUCCCGGGUGCCCGUCCUCCUCCCAAGUUUCCACCCGUCCUUCUCCCUGUUGUUCCUACGGCGCGAGGACACGCCUUCCGGGAGGGGGGCGAUUAUGUCAUGCCUCUGGACUGUCUGUGUGUGUUUUCAUUCCCCAUGUGCUCCCCAGUUUCUCCCUUGUUUGAUUGUAUGAUUUGGUCCAGGUGUGUGUCUUUGCAAUUACCCUUGUUACCACAUGAACUUAAAUCCUAGUCUGUGCAUUCUGUCUCUAUCGGGUCUACUUUGUUGUCUAUGUGUGUUUCUAUUAUUAAAGACUGUUAAUGCCACUUCGCGUCUCCAUCUUUCCUUCUGGCAGUGUAGUGUGACAUAGUACACAAACAUUAAUGUAAACAAAAACUUAUGUUGGAUGUGAUUAAUCGUUUGACAGCACUACAUUUCAAAUUUUAAGAGUUAAUAGAUCCAAAAGAAUUGAUAUGGAAAAUUCAAGUUAUGCUUUAAAGGCAUAACUUGUAUUACACAAACUCAUUUAAAUUAUUGAUUCAGUUUUCUUAUGUUAAAGUUUCCAUGACCAUGAUUGUAUAUAUAUAUAUAUAUAUAAUACAUCACUUUCUUUUAAAGGAGAGAAAAACCCACACAUUUUAGGAAACCGUGUUUAUGAUUCAUUCAGGACGGUGACGAGUCUGCUUACAGACAUGAGGUUAAAGAGCUGGCUGUCUGGCGCAGUCUUAACAACCUGGAGCUCAACACACUUAAAACAGUGGAGAUGAGCGUGGACUUCAGGAGAAACCCCCCUGCUCUCCCCCCACUCACCAUCAUGAACAGCACUGUGACUGCAGUGGAGUCAUUCAGGUUCCUGGGCACCACCAUCUCUUAGGACCUGAAGUGGGACACUCACAUUGACUCCAUUGUUAAAAAGGCCCAGCAGAGGUUGUACUUCCUUCGCCAGCUGAGGAAGUUCAACCUGCCACAGGAGCUGCUGAAACAGUUCAACUCUGCCAUCAUUGAAUCCAUCCUCUGCACUUCAAUAACUGUCUGGUUCAGCUCAGCUACCAAAUCUGACCUCAGAAGACUACAGAGGAUAGUCCGGACUGCUGAGCGAAUCAUUGGUACAACCCUUCCCACUCUCCAAGAACUGUACUUAUCCAGAGUGAGCAAAAGGGCUGGCAAAAUCACUCUGGACCCCUCACAUCCAGCACACUCCCUCUUUGAACUGCUGCUGUCUGGUCGACGCUACAGACCUCUGAGCACCAGAACGACCAGCACAGAAACAGUUUCUUCCCUCAGGCAAUCCAUCUCAUGAACACUUAACAAUAAACAUGAAACACACAACACUAUCAUUUAUUUAUUUAACACACAUACUUAUUACAUUUCAAAUUUGCAUCUAACAUACCUGUACAUACUAAAUUGUCUAUUUUGUAUGUGUUUGUGUUAUUUUGCUUAUUGUCUAUUUUGUAUAUUAUUAUUUUUAUUAUCUGUGUCUUGUCUUUGUCACUGUCAUUCUGUCGCACUGUGGAGCUUCUGUCACCAAAACAUAUUCAUCGUAUGUGCAAACAUACCUGGCAAUAAAGCUAGUUCUGAUUCUGAUUCUGAUUAUUGGCAUUGUACUGUAGAUACCAGUACAACAUGUGUUCCUUGUCCUGCAUAACUUGCACAGAUGAACCCAACAGACAUAUAACAUGUUUUCCCUGCACUGUGUGUGAUCCAGCCCAACAUUUAAAAGUGCACAAGGCCUGCACGCGCUCUGCAGAUACUACUUGUGAGCCACAGGAAGGAUUCCAUUGCAUUAAACUAAAUGAAGACUCCUGUGAAUUAGCAGUGGAGCACUCCGCAUGUAAACCUGCACAAUAUAUUAAACAAAGCUAUGGGCGCAGGUUUGCCUUCUGGACAGACGAGGCAAAAUGCUUAUUAGAGGCAAAAACUCAACCUCUGUAUAGGCUAAAAAGAAGCAGAAGCACCACACAAGAUGUCCCACAGCACGUCCAAGCAGUCCAAGAUCGGACAAGAACUGAAGAAGCACUGGUGGACUGCAUUGUGACUUCAAAGGGAACAGAGCAGCAUUUAGUGGAUGUUCUCAAUGGGAAACCAUCAAAGUGGUUCCCCCUAAAGCCACGUGUGCCAGUCUACAUGGACAGUGAGCAGCAGUGUGCCAUUCUUUUUGAACACCUCAAAGCUCUGCUACACAAUUGUAAAACUCAACUGAACUUCACAAAUGAAGUGGAGUUCAUUUGUAGUUUUCUUUUUCCUGAGGCCAUCAUUCAUGGCCUAUGUGAGCUGCAGGCAUUAUCCUGGCAGGAGGCUGAGGAGGUGUUCCUUCGUGGCCCUACUUAUCACCCUAGUGAAGUUGAGGAAUUUGACCGGGUGAUUGCAAAAAGAAUGAGAAAAGAAGCAACAUUUACCUACCAGAAACAAGAUGACAGUGAUUAA